AUGUUCAAAGCAAUAAUGCUCGCCUUGCUUCACUUCCUUGUUGGAGCAGAGUACAUAUUAUGUAUUUACAGAGCUGAUUCCAUUAGACCGAUCGGGCUCGAUCGCCGAGGAUUUCCUUCUUAUUCCCUGGUUGAUAUGUCUGACAUGGACAUAUCAUAUGGAGGACCUGAUGGUUAUACGGAUUCUGAGUUGGACGAAGAGCUAUAUCGACUGUUUCUGGAGGAAAAUUACGAGUUGGACACAUCAUACCAGGUUGGCCAAUGUGUUUCUGGGUGUUUUUCAUCAGUUCAAUACACUAUCGGGAAGCUUAUCCUUGUCACUCUUUUACAAAGAUUUAUUGGUUUCACAUACCUCCCAUCUGCUGUAAAGCAUCUGUCCUCUUUAUUGUUGGGGAUUCUAGUGCUAAAUGAUUGGAUUCCAACGAAAGAGUUGUUUCUCGUGGUUCUUGCUGGUGCUAUUUGUUCUGUAUUGCUAAUAAUGAGAAAUUUACCAUGGAAAGGUUUCACCAUUACGAGCGCAUGUAUUGUCUCUACACUUUUAUUGCAAUUCUACUUCUCCCCUUCGGAGUUCGUUGCCGUCCGAGGGAUUCUCAUGAUACUCGCUAUGAAAAUCUCAUCACUAGCCUUCGAUAAAGGUCCCAGUGCUCGUCUUGCAGACCUGGGCACAUUUCUUGCGUAUCUUUUCAACCCUGCCACUCUGAUUUUUGGACCAUUUCAUACGUUUUCCGAUUUUGAGAAAACCCUUUGCAGAAGAUCACUCAAGGAGGAACUAUCAUUUUGUGUCAGUGGCAUAGCUUUAAUAUUUAUCGCAUUAUGCCUGUUGAUCUACUCUUCAUGCGUGACGCUGAUUGUUCCAAGUGAAAGUGUUUUUGCUGACUACUUUACAGCGCAAUCUUUCAGGACAAGCCAUUAUUUUGUUUCUUUUCUUUCCCAAGGUCUCCUUUCGUUAUCCGGAAUGCAUCUGUCCACAUGUUCACCAACGUCGGUGGAAUUCCCGCGUUCUCUUGUUGAUGUUGUUGUGGCAUGGAACAUACCUAUGCAUCGGUAUCUACAUUCGUAUAUAUAUCAAAAUUUAAUAGUAUUUGGUCCUGCAACGUGCGUAUUUGCUGCUUUCGCAGUGAGCUCUCUUUUACAUGGAUUCAACUUUCAAAUCUCUGCUGUUUUAUUGUCGUUGGGUUUCGUUUGCUUUUUUGAGAACAAGAUACGUAAUCGAUUGUCUAACCGUUUUUCUAUGUGUGUACGUGCUCGUCCAUGCAAGAAUUGUCAGCAUAAAAGAGGAUGGAAUUCCUGGCAGACUAUGCUCGUAAACGUACUGUUCUUUGUUCAUGCAGUUUACCAGCUGAUAUAUCUUGGUGCUCCAUUCGACGACCAAGGGGCUAGUGAAGGGUGCAUGACUGAAACCGUUGAGUCGUUGGUAGAGAUCGAAACCGCGUUAAGCCGUCUGUCUAAGGAGUUGGACCAAUUCGAGGGAACAUGGGCAGGAAACAUAUCGAAACUGCUGGCUAGCGCUGAGUUGUACGAUAGAGAGUUGUUAUCCGAUGACGCUUCUCCUGAGAUGUCUGUGACUGCGCAGAUGUUGUUGGAAGAGUUGGGUACAAAAGGUGAAGAGACGCUCACUCAAAUGCUCGCCCACCACAAAUCGUUGCAUCACAGUGUGUCGCAAAUUGGCAAGGACAUCGACAAAUCGACUCACAAAGAAAUAGGCGGUUUAAUUCGCAAUGAGAAGGACAUAGAACGAGAUCCAAAAUCCCAGCGACUAGUUGAUGGAAUGGUUUGCGACUAUUUGAUGACAUGCGGCCAUACAAGCAUUGCGGAAAUACUUGUAAAAGAAGCAGGUUUGGGAGGACGCAUUGAUGGUUAUCUCGCUAACCGCAAAGUUAUUGAUUGGAUCAUGGAGGCAUUGAAAAGUCAGGAUAUUGGACCGGCGAUUGCAUGGCUGAAGCAAAACCCACAUAUAGACGCAAAGUUACAGUAUGACCUUUUAAAACAACACAUGGUCGCAUUGAUUCAGGAAGGUCGAAGAAUCGAAGCAAUGCAGUUUGGGCGUCAACUGUCACCAUUCGGAUACGAGCAAGAGACCGCUCAAAUAAUGGGUGCCAUUGUGAUGGGAAGGGAUCGUAACGAUCCACGCUAUGAGGCACUAUUUAGUCCAUUGGCAUGGCCUGCUCUGGAAUCAAGAAUGUCUGUCGCGCUCGCUCAAAGCGACACACGUUUCGGAAAUGUGAUACUGACUGGAAUGCGUGCGGUGCCUAUUCUGGUGAAUCUCAAGCAAGUGAUGGUUAAUCGUCAGGAUCACCUGUUCAGCGGGGAGGAGUUGCCCGUUGAGGUUAAAAUUGAUGAAUACGUGCAUUCCACUUUUACAUGUCCUAUUCUUCGUCAACAAAGUACCGACAGUAAUCCGCCUAUGCGACUUACUUGUGGUCAUGUUAUAUCUAGGGAAGCUGUUAGCAAAUUGUGCAGUAACCACAGAAAUAACCGUCUUAAAUGUCCAUAUUGCCCGGAAGAAUCUCACCAGAACGAUGCGAAACAGGGAUUUUUGUGCAUGUCUGUGUCAUCAGUGUCGUUUAACACAGACGUGAAUGUGAGAUACGAAAGAUUGUCAACAGAAUAUGCCAAACUUCGCUCACAUGUAAAAGUUCUCAGUGAAGGCGUUUUCUCUGAGAGAAGGAAGAAUGAAGCAUUUAAUGAGAGAAUUCUCGAAUUGGAGAGGCAGCUCCAUAAGGUGAAUACUGAGAACGAAAGCCUGACGUUUCGAAAUGACCAACUAGUGAAACGAGUGGAAAGCCUACAAGAUGAAUUAGAAACAUUAUCUCAUUCUAGAGGAGGAUCAUUGAAGAAAGGAAAAUUCCCGAAGAAAUCGAAGGACACUAAAGAACUUCUCAGUGAGUUAGGAACGUUGGGUGAACGAGUUCUUGUUCUAGAGGAAGAAUUACAGAAUAAGAUACAACAAAACGCGGAAUUAACUAGGAAAAUGAGCGAACUCGAAGAGAAACAUGCGGAGGAACUCUCUUUACUUUCCACCGAUUUCACUCGAAAACUGGAAGAGGCUGAGUCUCAUAAGUUUGAUCCUGACCGGCGGAGAGAACAUAAGCCGGAGAGACCUGUUAAAUCUGUCAAACCACUAGAGCAGUGUAUUGAGUUCUCUAACAUUCUCGCGGAGUCACCUUCACCACCUCCACCUCCGAUCAACGAGGCAUAUUUGCAAGUUGCUGAGUCAACUCGGAAUUUACUACAAGGUCUAUCGACCUUGUUUGAACUUCUCUAUCAGCGCACUCAAGUGUAUCCUUUUGACGCUACCCUGGAGACUUUGCCAAACCACGUCAAGAAGCUUUCUUCCGAACUGGUACAAUGCUCCCAGCUGUUUUCAUCCCCUAUAGAAAUUGUACAACGAUGUAUCCAGAAAGCGGAAUUUCAGUGGUCCACGGAUGUUGCUGAGCUUCAUUCUGCUCUCAAAGUGAUCGUACGACAUUGUAAAGUCAUGAUGCCUGAACUACUAAAAAGACUUGCUGCGGAAGAGAACAAAGUAACGUGGUGCGAUUCUCAACUUGAAAAGCUGAACAACACUUGGUGUGCGGACUUAUGUCACCUCUUGGCAGCGUUGGAUUCGGUUUCUUCUGUCUUAGCCAACACGUCUUCAACUGAUGGUAAUGAAGGAGAGAAAUUAUGUGCAGCGCUAGAAGAAGGUGUUGGUGUUGUUAAAGAAUUAGAGACAACGUUUGCUGCACGAUGGACUAUAGAAUCGCGUUUUCCAACAGCGACAAAAAGGAUUUGUUGUAUUGGUACAGCAACAUCCCACUGUCUAUCGCGUUUGGUGAAUGAAGCAGGAAAACUGUCUGCGAGGGUUCAUGCAAUCAAUGGGCUGUUUCUGGAAAACGGUAAAGACAAUGUAGCAUCUCCGGGAGACGUCUUAGGAAAGCAUGGCUAUAAUCCGUUUGACGAAUGUGAGGAAGCCGUGGAAGAAUCUUCUGUAGAAGAAGUGUCAAACUGCACGAUUGGUGUCGACACAUCUGAUUUGGUGCAAGCAUCUGCUGUAGUGUCAGAGAACGUUAACAACAGUCCAGCCUCCUCAACAUCUUCUAAGAACGAAAACACCUCGAUCCAGCUAAUGGUUGACUGCCUCAAAUCUCGAGUUUGUGCGUUAGAAUCAGAACGAGAAAGUCAUUUGGUUGACCUGUCACUGCUACGAAGAAAACUAGAAAAUCUAGGAAUGAAAGAAGCUGGAGAUGAUAGGCAAUCAGAGCUAGAAAUGCUGAAGCAAGUGAACAGAGAACGCCUACGAGAAGUUACGGAUAACUUGCAGAUCGCGCAGUGUGCGACGAAUUAUUAUAAAGGCGAAUGCGAAAUACUUCUACGUAAGUAUUUUUUGUGUGUGGAAGAGAAACGGGUCCUGGAGGAGACAGUACGUGAUAUGAGACGUGAAUUAUCGUCCUUAACGGAUGAACUCGCUUCCGUAAGACGAGGAUACGACAGCCAACUCUCGCAAAUGACGGAACAUGUUGCGGAAUUGAAUGGGAAACUUGCAUGUAUUGAAAAGGAGAGAUCAGAACAGAAGACUCCUGUCACACCACAGAGAAGCGGGCUGAAAUCGCUAUUCCUAAAGUGA